ACGGCCGCCAUUGUCGAGGAAAAGAGAGGAAAAGUGGCAUCCAUGGGCAAGGAGCUCAAAAAGAGAGAAAAAGGUCCAAUUUUUAGAGAUAACCACGGGUUUAUCUGCCGAUUUGGCGGUAAUCACAGAUCCAACCAUUCGCUAUUCCAAACUCACAAUCGGUCUCAUCACCGGGCAAGCUUAUGCAAAGUGGAAUAGACAUUUUAAUGGAAAUGGAGCUCUAUUGUUCUCUUUUUCCUAGUGAUUAUGAGUUCCCGAGAGAGAACCUCGUGCGGUUAUGGAUGGCUGUCGGUAUUUUAAAGGAUGAAUUCAUGGAAGAUACUGGCAACAAGUAUUUUGAUAUUCUUUUGGAAGAGAAAUACAUCCUACCUUCGAGAGUUGAUUUUAUGACUAACGAAAUGAAAUACAAAGUUGAUCUCGACCGUGUUACUCCAGUUGCAGAUGAGAUUUCAACUAUCAACGGUUCAAAAUUUAAAGCUGUAGAUGAUGAAUUAACAUCUGUAGUCACCCAUGUCUCUUUAGUGUCUGGUCAUAUUAAUCACUCAACGUUCGAGACAUUGAUGACCUUUCAUGAGUUGAGAACACUUGUAUUCAUCGGCGAUUAUGGCUCUUCCUUGACAAAAUUACCAUCUGACAUGUUCACAUGUUCAUAGCCCUCAAGUUCAUUGAAGCACUUGAUUUGAGUGGAUGUCAUUUAACAGAGUUGGCGUAUUCAAUUGGAAAUUUGAGUCAGUUGCGUUACUUAGAUCUUUCGUUUACACUACUAAAUAGCUUACCGUAUUGUAUUGAUGGUCUUCAAGAGCUACAAACUCUCAACUUGAAAGGGUGCAAGCAUCUACAUGAGCUUCCUAAAUAUAUGAAAGAUCUAAUCAAGCUUCGUCAUUUACACUUUGACAUUCUUUGUCAGCUAACUUCCAUGCCUAAGGGGAUAGGGGCUCUUACUGAACUCCGUACACUAUCUGCUUUCAUUGUGAAAGCUCAAGAUGAUGAUUGUAAUAUUAAAGAAUUGAGGUAUUUGAACAACAUUAGUGGGAGCAUACACAUCUCUGGGUUAGAAAACAUGAUGGUGUACCAUGAUGUCGACCAAGCUGCUUUACAUGACAAAAAGCACAUUACUAAAUUGCAACUAAGUUGGAAUCCAAAUAAAUCAUAUGGUCCUGAAGAGGAACUUGCUGUAUUCAAAAGUACGGAGCAGUUUAAGCCGAGUUCUUCGUCUUUGAUUGAGUUGGAAAUGCGUUUUUACCCUGGUUCGAGGCUCCCAACUUGGAUCGGUUCAGGAGAGUUUGAGAAGCUGGUUCGUAUAACCCUUAUGCAAUGUGAAAAUACUCAACUCAAUGCAAGUAUAGGGGACUUACCAAAUCUGAAGUAUCUACAUAUCAUGGAUUUAGAUCAAGUAAAGACAAUUACUCACUUUUUUCUUGGUGGGUUUAAUGACUCUUCUGUUGGAUUUUCCAAACUAGAGAGAUUGGUUAUUGAUGGUAUGCGUAGUUUGGAGACGUGGGAAGGCGUAAAAUAUGGCGACUUCCCCCUCCUAUAUGAGCUGACCAUAAAUCAUUGUCCCAAGCUUAUUGGAGUUCAAUUUCUUCAGUAUCUCAACUCCUUGAAACAUUUGAGAAUAGACCAUUGCGGUGAGCUUAAAUCUCUGCCAAAGAAAGCACUGUCAGCGGCACUGCAUACUCUCAUAAUAAAUGACAGCCCACUAUUAGAAAAGAGUUGUUCAAAGGGAGGCGAAGAUUGGCCCAAAAUUGAACACAUUCCAAACAUAUGGAUUGAUCUUGAAGAUAUUCGUGCCACUUGCGGAGAUGGUGAUGCGGAUAGUGAUUCUGAUGAUUGAGAUGGCAUUAGCUAACAUGAUGUUUGAGGUGCAGUGAACUUUGUGUAGGUUUGAGGUAGGGAAAGCUGAAGGCAUUGGCAUUGAUGUUUGUAGUUUAAUUCUAGUAUAGUGGCGAAACUUAUAUAUAUAUGUUUCAGUAAGAUUAUCAGCAUAAUAACAGUAGAAUGUUUGAAGAAUCCAUUAUGUAAAUAUUUGGCUCUUGGGGCAUUGGCCUCGUUCUAUUUUUCUUCUUCUUUUCAUUAACCCUUGAAGGCAUGGUCCCAUGGAAAGAAGGUUUUCUCUCAACCUGACUCAGUUAGCAUCUGCCACAGAGGAUAUCUCAAGAUUCAUCACACAAUCACAGACUGUACCCUCCUGGAUUAUGCUGAACACAUUAGGAAUAUGCCUGUGGAAUGUAGUUGUAGUUUGUUUUGUUUAUAUUUUCUCCAUCCUUUGCUUGUUUAGAUCUUUCUGCAAUGUUUGUUGCUGUGAACUUGGAUUUUUUGGGGUCUGUAUUAUUCAGGCUUUUUUUUGGCUUUCAUUGAUUAAU